CUGAGUUUAAAAAAGGGUUCUUGAUUAAAAAUGGAGGAGGUUGGCGUGGAGAAAUGUCUGUCAAGGAGACGUUCCGUUACCGUUAAACCAUUCCGUGCUAAGGACGAACGUGUCGCUACUUUGAAGAAGGUCGCCUCGAUACUACAGAAGUCGGAAACUGAUCGGACUCACGAGGAAAAGGACAUUUUACUAUCCUGUGGAGACGUCGUCAAAGAGGUUAACCUUAGGCAAGAAAAAAGGGACAGAGUAAAGGCGAGAUUGGAAGAAGUGGAAGAUGCUCCAGAAAUAUUGGAAGAGAAAUGUAUGCGGCUUGCAGCAGCACUCAGUAGAGCUACCUCGCUUGCAGUUUACACAGGAGCUGGUAUCAGCACGGCUGCCUCCAUUCCUGAUUACAGAGGAACCAAUGGCGUUUGGACGAGAUUACAACAAGGAAAAGACAUUGGAAAUCAUGAUCUCAGUCAGGCGGAACCCACCUUAACGCAUAUGGCUCUGUAUGCGCUAUACAAGGCACGAGUAUUGAAACAUAUCGUAUCCCAAAACUGUGAUGGAUUGCAUUUGCGAAGUGGUAUUCCUCGUGCACUAUUAUCAGAGGUUCACGGAGACAUGUAUAUCGAGGUUUGUAGAACGUGUAAGCCGAACCGAGAGUACUGGAGGCUUUUCGAUGUGACUGAAAAGACUGCGAGGUAUUCUCAUGGGACAGGUAGAACAUGUCACAAAUGUAAUUCCGUGUUACAAGAUUCAAUAGUGCAUUUUGGCGAACGGGGCAACUUGUCGUGGCCUAUAAAUUGGAACGGAGCAAGCAGAGCGGCAAAACAAGCCGAUAUUAUUUUGUGUUUGGGCUCGAGUUUAAAGGUCCUGAAGAAGUACCCAUGGCUUUGGCAGAUGGACAGACCAGUGAACAAACGACCUGCCUUGUAUAUCGUAAAUCUUCAAUGGACGCCCAAGGACGAAAAUGCGGUCUUGAAAAUAAACGGAAGGUGCGACGAAGUAAUGAAGAAAGUAAUGACCCACUUGGGGCUCGAAAUAGAACAGUAUAACAGAGCCAAAGACCCAAUCUUUCAUCACGCUAUAAGACUUCAAGCGAUCGAACAAUCGACCACGUCACAACCGUGCCUCGAGGAACCUGCAACCUUAGUUGAGAGCGAUUCGAAAAACUGUAUCGACGUUAAUCAAAAAUUGGUAAAAGAAGAGGACGGUGACGAUGAAACUAUGCCAAAAACUGAAGAAGACUGCAAUUCACAAAUCACUACAUCGGAGCCGAUGACGGCUUACCCCGCCCCAUACUUCACAGCCCUACCAUUUCUUUCCAUGGGCUUGCCUUUUCCUCCUAUGUACAUGUAUCCACAUUUAACACCGUUUUUUUACUACCCAUUUAUUCAAGUACCGCCACAUAUGAUUGAGUCACCAAAACCAAAACCUGCCUGUUCGUUUUGUAUGGAAAACGAGGGGUCCUUAACUUGCCUAUUUUAUCCACGAGACGGGGACGAUCCUGUCUCUGCGGACCUCUCAGCGACUGAUAAUACAGAGUCUGAAAUUGAUUCCAAUCCAGAACCAAUUCAGGAAAACGAAUCUUUAGUAUUAGACCCCACAACGCCGAUAAUACAAUCAGCUAAAAACCCUGGCUGGUUUGGGAAGGGAUAUCGCAAAGGUAUGAGAAAAAAGCGGUAGCAUCUGCUGUCGCCAUUUAAAAAGUGUAUGUGUCGUGCGAGUAUGAAUAUUGUUCCUGUUUUACGUCGACUUGGUAUAUGCUGUGAAAGAAAAAUUAAUAAAUUAAAAAGCAUGACGCAAGAAUUAUUACAUUACAUAUUACGAAAAGCAAAAAAUAGAGAGUCGAGCAAUAGAACGACGUAAUAUUUCGAUUCAGUUGGAUCCACAUAAUGUUUUACGUUCACCCCGAUCAAAAUAGUGUUAUCCGAUGAGGAAUCCUAUGAGAAAAACCUCAAUAUUCUUAUUUAUUUCUUGUUGCAAUAUUUCCAUCAUAAAAAAUGAGACUAAAGUUAGUAACGCUAACAUGACGGAUCAUCAGGGGAAAAAUCAUUAUUACACAAUUUUAGAAUGACUUUCAAAGAGUCGGCUGUUCAGAAUAAGAGUAUGUUUUGUUUAUUGUGGUUUGCUAAAUUUCAAACAUUCCUAAAGAAUUUUUCCUAAACAUGCAUAGUUACUGUAAUGUUACUAACUUCAUCCUCAUCUUCAAAAUGCUAUUUCACGUGUGAAGAUUACAUUAUAAAUUUUUAGAUUUUUUUUCGUAUUGUAUUUUUUCUUUCUGCAAUCACAACGCCACUGGCACCAUCAGUAUGAAUUCUGCUUCCAAUUAUAGUACUUGCUAUAUUAGAUAAGUUUGUAGAAAUAUUAAUUGAACGACAAUGAUGAAAUAGUUAUUCUUACCUACUACCAUAGUCCAUAACAUGUACUCGAUAACCACUAACGAGACUUAUUAGGUUUGAUAAAUAUUUUCUGGCUUAGCAUUUUAGCAUUCUGCAAUAUCUGUUCAGUGGCUACCUCAGUCUAAGGAUUCACAUCUUCCUUUAUUCCUUUAUACAUAGUAAAUUAAGCAAUAAAGGUAAAUUUUAAAACUGUUCAAUUGCCCCUGUCCGUGUUGAAUGAAAUUCACACUAUCUACGGAUGAUAAAUGUUUAAUAAAUAGCUUCCUACUACAUACAUAUGAUAUACUAAUUGAAUCGGUGUGGUGAAUUCACAUACUCAAUAACUGUUUAGGAUUAAAAUUGAACAAACCUAUAACCGACUGGUACGCCAUAGCUCGUUUUUUUAUUUCCGUAUUGCAUUUAAGUCUUUAUAUAGUAUACUUCUUGCAUUAUGCUUUUCUGUUAAAGUGAUUAUAUUACUAUUAUUAUAACUAUUGUUGUGACUCUAGCUUUAGCGUUAUUUUAUACUUAUAAGUAUUAUCAUUUAUUAUUUAUUCAGACUAGCUCUGUUUCAAGAGUUAAAAAAUAUUAAAAAGUUGAAGAGA